GCGAGCGCACGUCUUUUAGAAAGGUAUCUCGCUUUGACACGAUUUUGUUUUGUUAUUACGCGAAACGUGACGACCCCAGUGUGAUGUGUUAUGCGUGUGUGAUAUCGAAUUAAUAAGCACUUAGUUACAUGGAAUAAAUAUAGAGUUGCAGUGCUAAAUAUAUUGAGGAAUGCCUGGACACAUGCCUUUAUAAAGUUUUACUCUUAAUUUUAGGGGCAGCAGUGACGGGCCGCACUGACGGGCCGCACUGACGGGCCGCACUGACGCGGCGACAUGAGCGCUUAUUUGCAGCUGCUUCUGGUGGCCGCGCUGCCCGCCUUCACAGGGCUGCUGUGCGCGGAAGGCGAGGUGGUGUCCGUGUUGGAGAGCCCCGAGUUCACGGGCACGCCGCCCGCGCUGGUGCUGGCGGCGGGCAGUUCCGCGGAGCUGGACUGUCGCGUGCUGCAUCUUGCUGAUAAGGCGAUAUCAUGGGUGAGAUCCCGUGACCUGCAAAUCCUGUCGCACUCCGGCGCGGUGUUCACGGCGGACCCGCGCGUGUCGGUGUCGGUGAGCGGGGCGGGGAGCGGGGCGGCGAGCGGGGCGACGCGCCACACGCUGCGCAUCGAGCGGCUGCGGCUCGCGGACGCCGGCCGCUACGAGUGCCAGGUCAACACCGAGCCCAAGAUGAGCCAGUUCUUCAAUCUAACUGUUCUAGACGAGGUGGUCCCAGAGACAGUAGUGUCGGCGGUGGGCGGGCGCGCGGUGCGCGGGCGCGCGGGCGGCGCGGCCACGCUGGCCUGCGAGGCGCGCUACGAGCCCGCGCCGCGCCGCCUGCCGCUGCCCGCGCUCCACAUCCGCUGGUACUUCGGAGACCAACCUAUUGACUCACAGAGCAACCGCGGCGGAGUGUCGCUGGACACGGACCGCUGGGCGGGGCGCUGCGUGUCGCGGCUGACGCUGGCGGCGCUGUCCGCGCGCGACGCCGGCCGCUACCGCUGCGUCGCCGGCCGCGUCGCCGACACGCUGCGGCUCGACGUCGCCCCCUCUACUGAAGAGUCGCUGAUGGAAGCGAUGCAGCGCGACCAGUCCGCGACGGCCGGCCUCAGCGCCGGGGCGACGUCCAGUGUCGCGUUGUGGCUGCACUUCUCGUCGCUGGCUUUACUGCUUCUGCUCGUGAGGUGACGGAUAAUCGAGGGACUAUUGAAUAUUUUGUAUAUUUUGAACUGUGAAUAAUGUAAAUAGCCAUGUUAUUUAUAAAA